AUGGAUGAUACCUUCGUCGUUAUCGACCGGGCCCAACUGCUGACAUUUAAGGAACGUCUGAAUACUGUCUUCCCGGACAUGCAAUUUACGAUGGAGGUGGAAGAGAACAACCAGCCGGCCUUCCUGGAUGUCCUCGUAUGCCGCAAAGAAGACCAAAGUGUUCAGGAAGGCGACAAAUACGAUGCAAGUACUCAACUUCAACAGCAACCACCCAAUCAGCCACAGAUGCAAUUGUAUAAGGACGACCUAUCGGCGUGUCGAAAUGCACUGCAGUGA